UAAUGCUGUAAGACCAACGAAAUUAUUUUAGUUUUCAGUUUCGUACAUGUUGCAUAGAGGAAUAUUCUCAAUUGUUUUGAUAAAAUAUGUCGCCCAAAAUGAAGAUCAGUGAGCUCAAGAAGCUAUACGCAGAGCGUUGGAGUUAUCCGCCGGCACAGAAGGUGCCCAAGAUUCGUUUUAUUGCUUGUGGCAAAAAUCCCAAUUAUGGGAUACCGAAGACUAAUAUGCCGUGUUGGAAGUCUCCAAUGGCCAUGACAGCGGAUGCACGUUACGGCCCCUGCUGGGAUUAUCCGCCUGAACGUUACAAGCGUCGUCCAUUGCCGCCGCCAUGUCGCGGUGCCACCAUUCCACCCAAUUUCCUUAUGCCCAGUUUUGAUCACUGUCAGACUAUUUACACACGUUGCGAUUUUCGCCUGGAGCAGUGUGUGCAUCAGCAGAUACUGCUCAUUGAGAAACUAUUUGCGAAUCUAGAGGGUCAGCUGGCAGAGGCCAAGACGCUGCAAAUAGAGAUGGCCAAACAAAUGCGCUAUCAAUCCAUACGCCGUCGCCUGCUGAUUGGAUCUGCUUGUGGCAUAAAGAUCUAUCCAGAGUACCUAAGCCAGAUGGCAGACACGCGCGCGCUCUGCGAAUUUCAAAAGGCCCAUAAUGCCAUCAAGCAAUCCAACGCCGAGCUGGCUGCAGCUGUUUUGGUCAUACGUGACGCCAUGCCUGAGCUGCGUAACCGUUUGGACAAGCUGGACCGCACGCUGGACAGUCCGUAUCUAAUAAAUCUGGAAACGGUGUUGCAAACUAUACAAGAUCUCUACGAUUACUAUUUUGAGGUGGUGCGCAAGUACAAGACCUGGGCACAGCUAAUCGAUGCCGCCCAGGAGCACUCCAUCGAGGACUAUUUGGCCCUGUUGCGCGAUGAGCGCGACUUCGAGAGCUUUAAACGCGCUGGUACCGAACACUGCACCUGCAAGCGUUGCCGAAACAAAAAUCCACUUGAGCCGUAUUUGCCCUGCUGGUGUCAGGGAUGCGAUCGUCGCAAUAAAGAUAUUAAACUGGUGCAGCAUCACUCAGAAACUAAGGCUCAACUGGAUUCUAGCGAUAGUGGACAUAUGGAGAAGCACAGUGACACCUCAAUGCAGCAGGCCGAGUUAGACAAGUUAAAUGAGAAUUUAAGUUAGUUUGAAAAAUUUGUAAAUGUGCCGAA